AUGGACUCCUGCAGGAGCCCGAAAGCUCAGACCAAUAAAAUCAUGAUUCCGGUGUUCGACAAAGCUUCUUCCGAAUUGAGGCGAAUGUUCGUAUUCCAGGAACGUGUAUAUUCUGGGAAGAAAAAGAAGAAAAAAAAGAAGAAGAAGAAGAAGAAGAAGAAGAAGAAGAAGAAG